GAAAGGCCAACUACCUACACCAAUGUGAUCAUGCCGAGUUUGUUCGGCAUCAUUUGCUUCCUCGGCAUCGUCGGGAACCUCAUUGUGAUCUACACCAUUAUCAAGAAGAAGAAGCUGAGGUGCAAACAGACAGUGCCCGACAUCUUCAUCUUCAACCUCUCCAUUGUGGACCUGCUUUUCCUGCUGGGCAUGCCUUUCCUCAUCCACCAACUCCUUGGCAACGGGGCCUGGUAUUUUGGAGCUCCUUUAUGCACCAUCAUCACCGCUCUGGACACCAACAGCCAGAUCACCAGCACCAACAUCCUGACAGUCAUGACCUUAGACCGUUACCUGGCCACCGUCUAUCCUCUGAAGUCCACUUACGUCCGGACGCCAUGUGUGGCAGCCUUAGUGAUUGGCCUGGUGUGGCUCCUCUCUCUCCUGACUAUCAUCCCAGUGUGGAUGUAUGCGGGGCUGAUGCCUCUGGAGGAUGGGAGUUUCCGCUGUGCCCUUUUGCUUCCCAACCCUGAGACUGAUAUUUACUGGUUCACCAUCUACCAGUUCAUGCUCGCUUUUGCCAUCCCACUGUUCAUCAUCUGUGUGGUCUACUUUAAGAUCCUCCAGCAUAUGGCUACCACUGUGGUGCCCUUGCCCCAGAGGAGCCUCCGGGUACGUACCAAGAAGGUCACCCGAAUGGCAGUUGCCAUCUGCUCUGCCUUCUUCAUUUGCUGGGCGCCCUUCUACAUCCUUCAGCUGGUGCAUCUCGGCAUAGACACCCCUUCCGUGGCCUUCUUCUAUGCCUACAACUUUGCCAUCAGCUUGGGCUAUGCCAACAGUUGCCUCAAUCCCUUCCUCUACAUUGCCCUGAGCGAGACCUUCAAGCGCCAAUUCAUGGUGGCCAUUCGUCCGGCCAAGGAACAGUUCCGGGUCAACAACAACAACAACAGCACAACAGAAGCCAGCGUGUGCCUGAAGCUUGCCCCAGAAUCCACCCAACAGACUCAGUUUCUGGAGGACUUUUCUCCGCACUCGUUGCCUGUGACGGUUGCCGUUCACUGAGGACUUUGUUAGUCCCGCAGCUACGAGACUACGAAAAGCUUUUCCUUCACAACGCUGCAAGGGAUGGUGGGCAGGUGGAUU